AUGCAGGACGCCUCCACGCUGCCUGCAGGAGCCACACACACUCAGGACGCCUCCACGCCGCCUGCAGGAGCCACACACUCAGGACGCCUCUACGCCGCCUGCAGCCACACAUUCAGGACGCCUCCACGCCGCCUGCAGGAGCCCCACACUCAGGACGCCUCCACGCCGCCUGCAGGAGCCACACACUCAGGACGCCUCCACGCCGCCUGCAGGAGCCCCACACUCAGGACACCUCCACGCCGCCUGCAGGAGCCCCACACACUCAGGACGCCUCCACGCCGCCUGCAGGAGCCACACACUCAGGACGCCGCCACGCCGCCUGCAGGAGCCACACACUCAGGACGCCUCCACGCCGCCUGCAGGAGCCCCACACACUCAGGACGCCUCCACGCUGCCUGCAGGAGCCCCACACACUCAGGACACCUCCACGCCGCCUGCAGGAGCCACACACUCAGGACGCCUCCACGCCGCCUGCAGGAGCCCCACACACUCAGGACACCUCCACGCUGCCUGCAGGAGCCACACACACUCAGGACACCUCCACGCCGCCUGCAGGAGCCACACACUCAGGACGCCUCCACGCCGCCUGCAGGAGCCCCACACACUCAGGACACCUCCACGCUGCCUGCAGGAGCCACACACACUCAGGACACCUCCACGCCGCCUGCAGGAGCCACACACUCAGGACACCUCCACGCCGCCUGCAGGAGCCCCACACACUCAGGACACCUCCACGCUGCCUGCAGGAGCCACCCACACUCAGGACACCUCCACGCCGCCUGCAGGAGCCACACACUCAGGACGCCUCCACGCCGCCUGCAGGAGCCACACACUCAGGACGCCUCCACGCCGCCUGCAGGAGCCCCACACACUCAGGACACCUCCACGCCGCCUGCAGGAGCCCCACACACUCAGGACACCUCCACGCUGCCUGCAGGAGCCCCACACACUCAGGACACCUCCACGCUGCCUGCAGGAGCCACACACACUCAGGACACCUCCACGCCGCCUGCAGGAGCCCCACACACUCAGGACACCUCCACGCUGCCUGCAGGAGCCACACACACUCAGGACACCUCCACGCCGCCUGUAGGAGCCACACACUCAGGACGCCUCCACGCCGCCUGUAGGAGUCAUACACACUCAGGACGCCAUUCCAGACAAAGUGACACCUUAACAGUAACCUUCCAGACAAAGUGA